UACUCUCCCGCCUAAUUCGGGUUUACCCACAAGCCGGUUCUGAGACGCCAUCCCGGGCGGUGCUGUUGCUUUUUGUGUCGUGAUUGUCCCUCCUUCUUCCCGGGUAAAAGCCAGCCUCGGGUCCCCAGGGUGGGGCUGUGGAGAGUCCAGAAUUUGUAAUCGAGUGAGUUUUCUGACCUAUUUGAGCACCGGACCCAAGGGUACUUGGAGAAGGAACUGGUCUCAGAGGAGGUGGACUGAUCAUAGAAAUGAGCCCUGCGGAUGCCCUCGAUGAUGAAAACACAUUUAAAAUCUUGGUUGCAACCGAUAUUCAUCUGGGAUUUAUGGAAAAAGAUGCUGUGAGAGGAAAUGAUACAUUUGUAACACUUGAUGAAAUUUUAAGACUUGCCCAGGAAAAUGAUGUGGAUUUUAUUUUGUUAGGUGGUGAUCUUUUUCAUGAAAAUAAACCCUCAAGAAAAACAUUACAUACCUGCCUCGAGUUAUUAAGAAAAUAUUGUAUGGGGGAUCGUCCUGUACAGUUUGAAAUUCUCAGCGACCAGUCAGUUAACUUUGGUUUUAGUAAGUUUCCAUGGGUGAACUACCAAGAUGGCAAUCUCAACAUUUCAAUUCCGGUGUUUAGUAUUCACGGCAAUCAUGAUGAUCCCACAGGGGCAGAUGCACUCUGUGCCCUGGAUAUUUUAAGUUGUGCUGGAUUUGUCAAUCACUUUGGACGUUCAAUGUCUGUGGAGAAGAUAGACAUUAGUCCAGUUUUGCUUCAGAAAGGAAGCACAAAAAUUGCUCUAUAUGGCUUAGGAUCUAUUCCAGAUGAAAGGCUCUAUCGAAUGUUUGUCAACAAAAAAGUAACAAUGUUGAGACCCAAAGAAGAUGAGAACUCUUGGUUUAACUUAUUUGUGAUUCAUCAGAACAGGAGUAAACACGGAAGUACCAACUUCAUUCCAGAGCAGUUUUUGGAUGACUUCAUCGAUCUUGUUAUCUGGGGCCAUGAACAUGAGUGUAAAAUAGCUCCAACCAAAAAUGAACAACAGCUCUUCUACGUGUCACAGCCUGGAAGUUCAGUGGUCACUUCUCUUUCCCCAGGAGAAGCUGUAAAAAAACACAUUGGUUUGCUGCGUAUUAAAGGAAGGAAGAUGAAUAUGCAGAAAAUUCCUCUCCGCACGGUGAGGCAGUUUUUCAUAGAUGAUGUUGUUUUGGCUGAUCAUCCAGACAUUUUUAACCCAGAUAAUCCUAAAGUAACGCAAGUCAUACAGAACUUCUGCUUGGAGAAGGUUGAAGAAAUGCUUGAAAAUGCAGAACGGGAACGUCUGGGAAAUUCUCGACAGCCAGAGAAGCCUCUUAUACGACUGCGAGUGGACUAUAGUGGAGGCUUUGAACCAUUCAGUGUUCUUCGCUUUAGCCAGAAAUUUGUGGAUCGGGUAGCUAAUCCAAAAGAUGUUAUCCAUUUUUUUAGGCACAGAGAACAAAAGAAAAACACGGGAGAAGAGAUCAACUUUGGCAAGUUCAUCUCAAAAUCCUCAGAAGGAACAACACUAAGGGUUGAAGACCUUGUAAAACAGUAUUUUCAAACUGCGGAGAAGAACGUACAGCUCUCACUUCUAACAGAAAGGGGAAUGGGUGAAGCAGUACAAGAAUUUGUGGACAAGGAAGAAAAAGAUGCCAUAGAGGAAUUAGUGAAAUAUCAGUUGGAAAAAACACAGCGAUUUCUUAAAGAACGUCAUAUUGAUGCUCUAGAAGAUAAAAUCGAUGAAGAGGUACGUCGUUUCAGAGAAAGCAGACAAAAGAAUACGAAUGAAGAAGAUGAUGAAGUUCGAGAGGCCAUGAGUAGGGCCAGAGCCCUCAGAUCUCAGUCAGAGGACGCUGCUUCCGCCUUUACUGCUGAAGACCUUAUGAGCAUAGAUUUGGCAGAACAGAUGGCUGAUGACUCUGAUGAUAGCGUCAAAGCAGCAGCCAACAAAGGAAGAGGCCGAGGAAGAGGCCAAAGAGGAGGAAGAGGGCAGAAUUCAGUGUCGAGAAGGGGGUCGCAGAGAGGAAGAGCAGGCACUAGUCUGGAGAUUUCUACUCAAGGCAGAGGUUCAAAGGCCACUACAUCAACGUCUAGAAAUAUGUCUAUUAUAGAUGCCUUUAAAUCUACAAGACAGCAGCCCUCCCGAAAUGUUGCUACUAAAAAUUAUACCGAGGUGAUUGAGGUGGAUGAGUCAGAUACCGAAGAAGACAUUUUUCUGACUACUUUCAAAACUGAUCAAAGAGGCUCGAGCACUUCAUCAUCAAGCAAACCCAUGUCCCAGAGCCAGAUCACCAAAGGGGUCGACUUUGAAUCAGAUGAGGACGAUGACGAUCCUUUUAUGAACCUUAGUUGUUUAAGAAGAAACAGAAGAUAAUAUAUUUAAUGGCAGUUUGAAGUUUUUAAGAUUCGGGAAAAAUUGAAACAUUGCAGACUAAGAGUUUACCAGUUGAAGAUUUUUUGAGUAUUGCAGUUAACUGAAGAAUUUGAAUCGUUCUUGCUUACACAGAGAUGGAGAAACUAAUGUAUAAAAAUUUAUGUUUUUUAAUAUCACUUCCUGACCAUGACUCCACUGUCUGAGAAACUUCCCAGUUCAAGGACAUAUAGAGUAGCAUUGGUUCUCCUUAUUUUUCAAUCUGGUGUUAAUGUUACCUGUAUUAUAAAUGCUCUAUAAAACUUAGAAGGUUAUCUGACAUACAGUAGUUUUAUUUAUACUGAGUGAGAGCUUUGUGUAAAUAUCAUUCUUGAAUAAGGACUAAAAUAAAUCUACCAUUGUACAUUUCUGCUUUAUAAUCAAACACUGUGUCAGUAUUUUAAGGUGAUGACAUUUAGCCAGAGUUGAGGAAAAGAGCUUUACCCCUUUUUUAUAAUUUUAGUAAUUUCUAGACAUCGUGGAUUUCCUGCACGUAAAACAGUUUAUAUGAACAGUGCCUAAGCUCACUGUUUGUUACUCAAUAUGUGUUCUUUUUCAAUAUAUGUUCUUUUUCUAAUGCUUGUGAAGGUAUCAGCCAGAGACUUUGAAUGAUUACAUAUAUCCUGUACUUUGAACAACUCGAUAAUUGGUAUCAAAAAAUAAAGUCUGUCAUCAUUAUCAUUUCUUAUUCCAGUUGUAGCAAAGAUUCUAAAAGAUUGUGCUUUCAUUGACUGGUAGGAAUUUCCUGCAUUAUUUUCCAUUAUUAAAGUUUCUGUCUCUUCCUUAUCUAUUUCUAAGAGGAAAGGGUUAAAAUAGUUUAACCAUAUUUUCUUAGAAAUAUUGAAUCUUUUUUUUUUUUUUUAGACAGACUGGCCAAUUGAGCCUUAUGGUUAUAUUAGAUUAACAAUGAAGUAUCACUUCUAUGGAAUAUCAGUGCCAAGAUUCCUCACUACUAAUAUUUUAUCUUAACAUUGAGCAUGAGCAAUUCCAAAAUCUUAGAGAAGCAGCUUCUGUUACAUUUUCUUACUUGUAAGUAGGAAAGGAGAAAAUGGCUCUUACUACUUCUUAGGACCAAAGAAUUUGACCUGUUCAGAUUUAAGUUCAGUAAUCCCAUUUUCCUUUUUAAGACUGUUAAAAGACCCCGUUGGAGUGUUGUUUUCAUCUUACAAUGCAGCUAUUUAUUCAAAACUCCUAAAGGAAGUUACAGAUCUUGGUGGUGCAACAGCCUGACAUUUCUUCAUAGGUAGAAACAAACACUAGAUGGAGCAAUAGUCCUGAUCUUUGAUAUAUUCAAACCUAGAAUGUGUCAAACUUCAAAAGACAACAGUAGCUUAGUGGCUGGCCUGUAUAUCAUAGCCCUUUGCAAGGACCCAAGUCAAGAAUUGCAGUGUAGCCCUGGUUUCUUUAAAAAUAUUUUCUGUACUUCAUUUGAGUAUAGGAUUAUUUUAGUAGGUAGCAUCAAAGCCUCAGCAGAAGGCCUUGUCCUGUGAAAUACUCUCCAGCACAUCUACUCCCAUCUUUAAUAUUCCCAGUAUUUGAAUGAAGCAAAGAUGAGAUGCUUUCCACGGUGGGAUGGAAGCUAGUUUGGGAGACAGUCUCUAGGAAGACUCAGCCAAUGACUCUUCUCACCUGCCAAUCAGAUGUGUUCAGGUGGGAGUCAUAGUAAGGGACAUGGUCACUAAUGCAACCUGAUAGAUUCCUGAGAAAAAGAGUAAGGACUUCCUUUCUGCAAACUGCUCUGUGGUAUGAAAGAGGUACUAAAUGGGAUGCAUUUAACUCCUGUGAAAAGUAACUGGCAGUGAGAGAAGGUGAAUUCUCCCCCAGCUAAUUCAGGUCAUUUUGUGAAUAGCAUGUCACUUCCUGUAUAUUGGUUGGCCCUAAAGUGUUCGGGUUUUCCAUGAAAUGUUACAAAAAACCCAAAUGAACUUUGGGGCCAACCCUAUAGUAAGUAUGGAGAAGGAAAUGGCACCCCACUCCAGUAUUCUUGCCUGGAGAAUCCUGUGGAUAGAGGAGCCUGGUGGGCUGCUGUCCAUGGGGUCACACAGAGUCAGACACAACUGAAGCGACUUAGCUGCAGCAGCAGCAGCUAUAGUAAGUAAAGUAGGAAAGAAGGACAUUUUUGAUGAAUAUUGCUCCAUAGUUAAAUAUGCCACAUAUCCUUUUUAUUGUAUAUUGAUGCAGUAAAAUCUAGGGCUUUUUGGAUGAUUUUUCGAGUUGGGAUAGAUGUGUGGAGGUGAUAACUGCAGAACCCCUAGUGAAAACAUUCUGAGGGGAAAACUUCUUUCAUCAUUUACCAAAGAAUAUCUUUUUCUGGCAUUUUGUAUCAAAAAGAUAAUAGUACAUUUAUAAUUCUAGGAAAUAAAAGUGGUACUUAGGAAAUUCAGGCAUUCAGACUUUCAAUUUGGGUACAUAUUGUAUAUGGUUUUCAUAAAUUUUAAAAUUAUGAAAUACAGUAACAGAAAAGUCAUGUAGUUAAACAAAUAAUGAUAAAGUGAGCCUCAUGGCACUCUGUACAGGUCAGAAAAUAGAAUUUCACCAGUGCCUCAGGAGCACUAGUGUCCUCUCUGGGAAACCCCAUCUUGACUCCUGCCAUUGAGAAGUUUGUUCUUUUGCCACAAGGUGGUGCUUCCAAAUUUAAAAUUUACUCAGUGUAGUUUUGCAGUAAAUUUGGAACCUAUGCAAUAAUACUGAACCUAUGCAGUUAAAACCAAAAUUAGCUUUCUAAUUUUAUAUGUAAAUUGCUUGGCAUAUUUCACCUGGCUCAGCCUGUGUUACUAAGGAAAUUGUCAGUUCAAUAAAUUUUACAUAUAAAGGUUCAAGAAGAAAAUGUUUUAUGUUUUAAUAAAGAGAGAAAAGUCUUUAUUAGAAAAAUGGAAUUAAAAAGUUUCCCAUUGUAAGAUUUUUCUGUUGAAAUGUACUGUAUUUAAAAAUAACUUUCCCCCAGUGUAAUCUGUUGUCCUUUUUUGUAUUCCUUAUACAUUUGUCACACUGUUUUAUGGCUUUUUAAAGCUAAUUCUUUUUUUUUUUUUUUUUAAGCUCAUUUGUUAUAGAAUAAAGAUUUGGGUUUUUUUGAGUCCAGAGAGCUUCCAUAUUUUUGAAUGAAAAAUGUCUACAUUUCAUCAUUUGCUUAUCUUAUUCCCUUUUAAUAUUUCUGAACUUAAUGUUUAAUAACUAGGUCUCAAAAUACUAGCAGUUUAGAUAGGUCUCUAUGAAGUCAGUUCAUAUAGCUUUCUCUUGCCAAGCACAUUUGUAUAUCUGUUCUGUGACUGAUAGCUAAAUCUGAUUUUAGCUAUUUAAAUCAUACAGGCAAUGCAUAUUCUUCAAAAUGCAGACAUUGAAAUCUUUACCAAAAUAUGUAUUUCCCCAUAAUCUUCUCCCCAGACAACCUCUCAACAGUUUAGGUACGUAUUUCUAUAAUUGCUUUUGACAUGACUACUAACAAAAAUGGUUGAAUCAAAUUGUGUAGUCAAAUAUUUCAGUCUCUGUGUCAAGGUAUAUGUUCACCUUAGUACUUACUUUGACAUCCUGAGUUUUCUGUAUCUUGUUUAUCAAGCUCUUUUAAUUUAAGCCACCAUUGUCUGUUUUUUUGAGAGAUAAUUUCAGUGCUUUCCAAUGUGUAAUUUAAAUGUUAUCACUCUAAUAAUUUGGGUCAAAUAAAAGAAUAUUUAAUCUGUG